AUGACUAAACACACCCCUAGACUCAUCUUUGUUCGUCAUGGACAGACAGUCUGGUCCAAAUCCGGUCAGUAUACCUCAGUCACCGACUUGGAUUUGACACCAUUUGGAGUCAAGCAGAUGAGGAAUACUGGUAAGCAUUUGAUCGGAAGCACGCCUUUCCAAAUGAUCAAGCCCAAAAACAUUAAGUUGAUUUUGACCUCUCCUCGUCUUAGAGCCACUCACACCGCCGAUCUCCUUCUCGAAGGUGUGGAUGAAUCGGCUAAACUGGAGAUCCCAGUUGUCAUUGAUGAAGACUUGAGAGAAUGGGAGUACGGCGAUUACGAGGGUCUCAAGACCGACGAGAUCAUUGAAUUGCGUAAGCUGAGAGGACUCGAUCAGGACGGUGAGACUUGGAACAUUUGGAAGUUCGGAUGUGAGAAUGGUGAGCAGCAUGAAGACGUCACAGCCCGUCUUGACCGUUUAAUCAGAAGAAUCAGAAAGGUGCAUGCACAGGCUAUCGAGGACAAUGUCGAGUGUGAUGUCAUUGUAGUCGCACAUGGCCACAUCUUGCGUUGUUUCGCCGCCAGAUGGGUGGGUCGUCCAAUUGACAGAAACCCUCAAUUGCUUUUGGAUGCCGGUGGUGUUGGUGUGUUGAGUUACCAACAUUGCAACAUCGAGGAGCCUGCCUUCUAUAUGUCCGGUGCCUUUGUUGUCCCAGUUGAAGAGGUGGAGGAUGAACAGUAA